AUGACGGUGGAGAGCCUGGUGGGGCGGAUCGAGGUGAUGUCGCAGGUGGUGGAGAUGCAGGCGGAGGAGAUCCGGCAGCUGCGCCAGACGACGGCCCGGCUCGAGACUAAGCUCGCCCGGCGCAAGGCGGCCCACAGCGAGUCGCGCCAGCUCGUGGAGGAGCUGCGCGAGCGCCAGCGCGAGGCCGAACAGGAGCACGCGCGGAAGCGGCGCAAGGUCGAGGAGCGCCUGGCGCUCGCCGCCACGAAGCCGACCACGUCGACCUCCAUCACUGGAGCUUCUUCGCAUUCCAUCACUUCAUCGUCAUCGUCAUCGUCAUCGAGCCCGUCGCCAUCGUCCACGUCAUCGCCGCUGGCGGUGCCGGUCAGCGCAAAUGCGGCCAUUGGCGGACUGCAGAGCGAGAUUCACCGGCGGAUGCCGUUCCUGCGCCACUACGACAUUCGCGCUUCUGCCAUCAUCAAUUUCAGUUAUCCGGUGUGUUCGUUUGAGCUACCCGGCCCCGGUGGAUUCACCGACGCUCCGCCGGUGCUGGUCUACGCCAACGCGGCCUUCUGCCACCUCACCAACUACCCCCUGGAGCGGCUGCUGGGGACGCCGUACCACUUCACCUAUGUGAUCAAUCUCCAGCACUACAAACAGGCCAUGGUCAUCGGUAACAACAGACCUCCGUUCGGCGUGACGGAAGUGUACAAAUACCAGUCGCUGCUCCGCUGCGAUGGGUGCCUCCUCCGGGUCGACCAGAACCAUCAAUUCUUCUGCGACGAGAGCGGCAAGUUGCGGUAUUCGCUGCUGUGCAUCACCGACUGGGACGAGGGCCGGCUCGGGGAGACCGAGAUACUCGGCCAGUGGCUGCCUCCCUCCGCCAUCGGCAUCACCGCCGACGGCGCAGCCGCUGCGCCCGAGCCGCCACCUCCACUCCAGCCUCAGCUGCAGCCGCCGCCGGUGCCGACGAUGUCGCUGCCCCUCUUAUCUACCCUGCCCAUGAACAACAACAACAUGACCAUCACCAUCACCAUCAUCCAGCCCUACGACAACAACAUCCUCCACCUGCAUAUCCGCUCAAUCAUCUGCAGAACCAGCAUCAGCAUCCACAUCAAACACAUCCACAGCUUCAUCAGCAACAGCAACAGCAUCGGCCGCCACCACACCCCAACGCGGUGCAGAGCGAUGCGGAGAUGGCGGGGUGGCUGA